AUGAUCGAUGGUGAUGAUGAUAUCGACUACCUAGGCACGACCGUCUAUGAUGCAAUCACCGUUGACGACGUCGAAGUUGAUGUUGAGGACGACGUACAUUUCAUCUCUGAGCGAGGACCCGUUGUCGACAAUGAGGUCCGCUGGGGUGCGCCCAAACCCCCACGUCCUCGCAGAACUACCAAGAGACAGGUGAGACCUUUCGUUGCCUACGAGCCUAGAAUCAAGCCCGUCAUCAACGCGUCCUUCCUUGAAGGACAUUGGAUCACAGACACUUUCUGUCUCGUUCCUGGUCUCGUUGUCGAGCUCAGAGAAGAUCCUAGCGCACCUUUCAAAUGCGGAGACUUUCUCAAGAUCACAAAGAUCUAUGAAGAUCUGGACACUCACGCAAUCUAUCUUAGAGGUCUUCUAUACCGUCGUUCAAAAACUCUAGACGGUAUGCUCCCAAAGAAGCUCAAUGAAGUCUACCAGGUGCUGCAACAGAACAUGGAAGAUUCUCGUAGCAUUCACAUGCAAUCUCUUCACGAUGUUUCUGCGAGUCUAGUCGUCCGCACCCGUUGUUUAAAACACACCAACACUCCGUUCCCAGAGAACAGCUUUCGCAAGCUUGAGGAUAUGCAUGGACAGUCAAAGGAUUUUGUUCUAGACCAUGCACAGCUCACAUGCCGUUGGAAGAGACUGUUCCAAUACACCUCUCACGUGGAUCUCAUGACUGGUCAUCAACAGAUGCAGGCUAUUCAAAGACUCGACUACACCGAAUGUGACAAGGGACUUCGUGUACCAGAUGCUGUGCUACGUGCAGCUGUCCCCCGAGUUGAAUCAGACCUUACCGUUGUCGAUCUGACUGCGGAAGAAGCAGCAGAUCAAGGUAAUCAACAGCUCUCAAAGCUAUCAAGCAUGCUUAACAACAUGCAUAUCUCAAGUACCGACACGGCAUAUACAUUUGGUGACUAUUACUGCGGAGCAGGAGGUAUCUCUGUCGGAGCCAGAGAGGCGGGCUUCAAGGUCGUUUACGGAGUCGACCACGACCCAGAUGCUUGCGCCACGUAUCGACUGAACUUCCCUGGUACGAGAGUCUAUGAGGAGGAUGUUCAUGACAAUCUUACGGCUAGAUCACACGAGACCGCCCAUGUACGCUGCGUGCAUAUGUCCACUGUGUGUAAGACCGUGUCUUGUGCCUAUACCGUAAGAGGCAGGAACCACGACGCCAACGAGGCAACUCUCUUCACCAUCUCGGACAUCCUUCGUAAAGCUACGCCUAUGGUUGCUACACUCGAGCAGACCUUUGGCGCUCUCCACAAGGGCAAGAUGCAGCUCUUUAACGCCUUCGUCUGGCAAUUUACUUCCAUGAAUUAUUCGGUCAAGUGGGCUCUCCAUACUCUCUCUGAGUACGGCGUACCUCAAGCACGCAAGCGCCUUAUCAUGAUUGCUGCGUGUCCCGGACAUCCCUUACCCGAAUUUCCCAUGCCUACGCACGCAAUGACGCCCGAAUGCCCUGUUCCCGGCUUGAAGCCUUCGGUGACCAUUGCCGAUGCACUCAGACAAAUUCGUCGUGGCACCCCGAAUCACAACCCCGACGAUCACACCGACAGGAACUUUGCGCCGUACAGUCCCGACCAACUGGUUAGAGGUUGCAUUACCACCAGUGGUGGUCAAAAUAACUGGCACCCAAGUGGUAAGCGCUUUCUCACCGAGCGCGAGUACGCAUGUCUCCAAACCUUCCCUCUGGAUCACAUAUUCGUUGGUAACAGAUCUUCUGUCAUUCGACAGGUCGGAAAUGCCGUUCCACCAGCUUUCUCGCAGAAGCUCUUCGCCAGCAUCCGCAAAUGUUUCGAAGAAGUGGACAGAAUGGACCGCGAGCAUGCUAGAGCCAUUCAGCUGGAUGACGACGAGGACAUGGAUGACGGCAGAAUUGUUGUGGAUCUGACUUGA